GCUUCAGCUCAGUCAUUGUUUUCGUGAGUGGCUUCGAGGUUGGAUGUGAAUCGGCGAAGCCAUUUUCCCAGUUUUGUGCAUUUUUAGCAGUAAUUAGCUUGCUUUUUGUUCCAUUUAGUGCUUGAAAGUGUUGAUUAGAAUUUGAAUUUGUGGAGAAGCUGCACCACGAUGCGUUUAAGCCCGAUUGAUCCCAGUUCGUACUCGAACGCCCACGAGCUCAUCAUUCGUCACGUGGACCUGGACUGGACGGUCAACUUCGAGAAAACUACGAUUUCGGGUUCGGCCACGCUGUACUUCAAGACGCUGAAGGAUGAUGUUGAGGAAAUUUUCCUGGACGCCAGCGAGCUCAGCAUCGCGUCUAUGGCCAUCAAGGGUUCUGCGGGGGAGAUUCCGCUCAACUGGGACGUCGGUGGCCACGUGGACAACAUCGGUUCCAAGCUGACCGUCUAUCUGCCGACGAAGACGUCCGGCGAGUUUGUCGUGGUGAUUGAGUACGAAACGGACCCGAAGGCGAGCGCCCUGCAGUGGCUGACGGCGGCCCAGACCUGUGGCAAGCAGCAUCCGUACCUGUUUAGCCAGUGUCAGGCGAUUCACGCGAGGUCGAUCGUCCCGUGCCAGGACACGCCGGCGGUCAAGUUUACGUACAAUGCAACACUGCGCCACCCUGUCGGCGUGACCGGACUGAUGAGUGCCGUUAGGAAACGAUCCGAAGCUGGUGUUUCCUACUUUGAGCAGAAGACUCCGAUCCCUAGCUAUUUGCUGGCCAUCGUUGUUGGAGCGCUUGUCGAGAGAAAAAUUGGACCGAUUUCAAGCGUUUGGGCCGAGCAGGAGCAAAUCGACGAGUCGGCAGAGGAAUUUUCCCAAACGGCGGACUUCCUCGCCAAGGCGGAGGAGAUUUGCGGUCCGUACGUCUGGGGUCGGUACGAUCUGCUGGUGAUGCCACCAAGCUUCCCCUUCGGCGGAAUGGAGAAUCCCUGCCUGACCUUCGUCACGCCCACCCUGCUGGCCGGAGACAAAUCGCUGGCGACGGUCGUAGCACAUGAAAUUGCCCACAGCUGGACGGGGAACUUGGUUACGAACCGAAACUUUGAACACUUUUGGCUCAACGAAGGCUUCACCGUGUUUGUCGAGGGUAAGAUCGUUGGUCGACUUUCGGGGAACGCCUCGCGGGACUUUCACGCACUGCACGGCCUCAGCGAGCUGACCGAUUGCAUCAAGACCCAACUUGCCUCGACGCCGGAGCUUACCAAGCUUGUGGUGGACCUGUCCGAGUGCAGCCCGGACGAUGCAUUUUCAACGGUUCCCUACAUCAAGGGAUCGACAUUCCUGCGCUAUCUGGAGGAUUUGCUCGGAGGACCGGAAAAGUUUGAACCAUUCUUCCGUGCCUACCUGAACAAGUUCAAGUUCCAGUCGGUGCUGACGAACGACUUCAAGAAGGAGCUGUACGAUUGGUUCCGUCAGGAUCCAAAGAACGAAGUGUUUCUCGAGCGCAUCGACUGGGAUCUCUGGCUGUUCGGCGAAGGUUUGCCACCGGUAAUCCCCACCUAUGACCGCUCGUUGCUAGAUUCUUGCCAGAAACACGCCAGCCUGUGGGCUGACAACGACCUCGACACCAUCAAGUCGUCCCCAACUCUAUCCGAAUCGCUGACUUCCAUUCAAAUCAUCGAAUUCCUGGCCCAACUCCUGGAGAAAAAGCAGAUCAAGGACCUCACCCCGGAGAAGAUCGCCCUGCUGGAUCAAACGUACCACAUUCACGCCACCAAGAACGCCGAAAUCCGGUUCCGCUUCGUGCGCCUUUACAUCCGAGCCCGCAUGAUGGACAAGAUGGACGAAAUCCUGGCCUUCCUGAACAGCAACUUCCGCAUGAAGUUUGUCCGUCCAAUCUACAAGGAGCUCGCCUGCUGGCCCGAAGCCAAACCCAUCGCGGUGGAGAACUACAACAAAGUUAAGGACGAGAUGAUGUCCGUGUGUGCCUACACCGUGUCCAAGGACUUGGGCAUCGACGCCGCGUGCAAGUGAGUGAAAAGUUGAUUUGUUUUUUUUUGUACCAAGCUGUUAUUUCUUCUCUGAGAAUAUAAAAUCGUACACGCUUUAAA